AUGUGCACCUCGAACACAGCCUACGAGGUCUGCUGCGUGCCUGUCGAGUCCUACGCAGCGUCGAAGAAAAAGGCCAUUGGCUGGUGCCUCUUGGUACGCGCCACCAUCCUCUACGAACUCUUCAAGCACAACCUUCUCCCCUCCGACGUCCAGAGGCCCGACUUUGAUAACUUUGUUCUCGAAUACCUCCGACCCCUCUGCCACAUGGGACCAUUUCAGGCCACCGCCGUCGACGCCACCAUUCGCUUCCAGAAAGUCGUUCUCACCCAAUUCCGCGAGAAGGUCCGCCAUACAGCACGCAAAUGGGUCAUCGAUAACCGCGUCGUCCAGCUACGUAAUGGCAUCCACGUUUGGAGUCCCGAAAUCACGGGCACCUGGUUCCAGACUGUCGACACCGUUCAGGCUUGGCUGCGGACCCUCGGCAAACGGAAUACCCGCGAUGUCGAUGCUCGUUUCCCCCCGGUUCUCGCUGCCCCAGUACCCAACUCCUUGGCCACCACGUUUAUCGUUGGUUCCACUGCCCGCUCUGUUGACCCUUGGCUUUUGGCUACCACGCCAACCUCGAUCAUCAAGCCGAUUCCGGCUCCGGGUGCAGCUCCAAUUCAGGCUCUGACUUCGAUUCCCGUUCCAGAAACGCCAGCUACGACUCCAGCUACGACUUCAGUUCCGUCCUCGGCUCUGUCAUCUCUUUCUUCGCUGUCUUCGGCUCUGCCUCCAAGCCCCAUGCCCGCUCAAGCCCCGCGCUGGCCCAACGUCAACCUCGACACGGCAAUCACCAGCCCUGGCGCCGACCCCGGCUUACACGCCGACGCAAGACUCUCGUCAACCUCGAGCAGCCCAUAUCUACAGCCGCCUACCUCGUCGCCAACCACCGGGGGGGGAAGCGCGGCCCUCGCGGCUCUCGCGGCCAGCGUGGCCACCGAAAUCAUCCCCGCGUGGCAGCGGUUAGAUCCUCUCGCUUCGAACCUCUCGAGCAGUGCUUCGCCGACUUCGGCUUCGGCGGUUAGUCCUGCCGUUUUGCCAAACGGAGCUCAGACAUCCGGUCCUGACUUUCCAGACCUACAGGCCGCCAGCGAUGUCUCUUGGGCAGGUCACACUCUCAAUGCCACCGUUGCUAGCGAUAGCAGCCAUGCUCAGCCUCCUCCUCCUCCUUUUCCUGAUGCUGCUGCUGUUCCUGCUGCGUCCAUUGGCCACAAAGAUGACUGCAACAAUACCGUGGUGGCAAACAGUACAGUGGUUUCCGAGAAUACCCUCGUUCAAUCGUAUCCCACCUAUCUGAACCUUGGACAACAAAAUGACUGUAACAGCACUGUCGUCUCCGCCACCACCGUUGUUCCCAUUCACACCUACGCUCCACGGUCUGUCGUCAUGCCGGGACAAAGUAACGACGAUGACUGCAACAGCACCGUCGUCGCCAACACCACAGUUAUUUCCAGCAACACUCGCGCCCCCCGGUCUGUUGUCAUGUCCGGAGUACACGAUGGCGACUGCAACAGCACUGUUGUUUCCAGCAGCGACCGGAUCCCGGUGCCUGCCCACGAGACUAUGAAGCCCGUCGUCAGUUACGAGGAGUCACUCGUGGGCCACAUUCGGCUAGCGCUGGACUGGCAGUUGGAUGCGAGGCGCAGCGUCAUUGAGGCGGACCAAUUGUUCAAGAGGCUGAUGUUGACGGGCAGUUUGUGA